GUGGCGCUGCACGCUUCCGUUCAUCGUUUCGUCUGACAUUGUCAAGAUGGCUGCGGCCGUGACGAGCCGCCUGACUGCUGCUGUCUGCAGACAAUUUCAGCGUGUUGUUACCGUCUCUUCACACACACAGUCUCAAUAUGCGGCUCAAGCCUCCUCCAAAUUUCAUUCGUGUCAACGAAGACGAAUGUAUGACUCGUGGUGGUUCAGAAGUGCCCUGAAUGACCGAGCACUCCACACAUCCUGUGUCAGAAAAGGACUGGAAGACUUUUUUGACCUGCCAGAGAACUGGGGUGAACAAACUGUUAAAUCAGGUGCUCCAUGGACUGCCAAACAGCUUAGAGUGAAAAGUAAUGAAGACUUACACAAACUUUGGUAUGUUUUCUUGAAAGAAAAGAACAUGUUACUUACUUUAGAACAGGAGGCAAAACGACAGCGCCUUCCGAUGCCCAGUCCAGAGCGCCUCAAAAAAGUUGAAAGGUCAAUAAUGCGUCUUGACACGGUUGUGAAAGAACGUGAGGAUUCUCUGCGCUUACUGCAGACAGGACAAGAGAGGGGCAGACCGGGCGAAUGGCGCAGGAAUGUUUUUGGCAAAACCUUCUGGUACCGCUUCAGGGAACAUCCAAUCCCCUGGUAUCUGAAUUCCAGAUACAAAAGGCGGCGAUUCUUUGAACCAUCACAUGUUGCCCCGUACACAAGGUUGAGCCUUGAAAAAUACCUGAGGAGCAAAAUACGGAAAGAAACAAGAGAAAAUAGAAACCAAAAAAGGCUUGCUGCAAUGUUUCCAAAAAAGACUGCACUUGCAUCAGACCACUGAAAAGACUUUUCGCAUUUAAUAUUGUCUUUUCAACACACAAUACUUUUUUUUUUUCAUUUCUCCAAAUGUUUUGGAGACUCAAAAUAUGUUGUACAGUCAAAUGAUAAAUUCACACUUGUAACCGAGACUGUUGUUUUGUAUAUAUUUACCUAGUUUCAUUUUUAUGACUAAUGUCUAAAUGAGUGAAUUAUAAGGACUGCAAGUCAUUCUCCCUUUUGAAUAACUUUAAGGGACACAUUUAAAUAUAGGUUUUCCCCAAUAUGCAAGUCUGAAUAAACAAGUUGAAAUGUACUAAAGAUUAGAACAAAAGUUUAAAUACAAAUGUGCACAAUCACUAAAUUGGCAAUCUUACCUCUUCAAGUAAUAGGAGAGAAAUUUAGACAAGUUUAACAAAAAACAAUUUAUUCCCAAAACAGCCGAUUAAUUGUUAAAAGCAUCAAAUUUUUCCUGUGAUGCAUUUUCUAAGAAGUGGCAAAGUGGUGUAAAUCAAAAAACUAUUUCAACUGUUCUAAGCACUGAUACAAUUGAGGGACAUAAUUCCCAUUUACCAAACGACAACCUUGUCACUGUUACUUUAAUUAUUCAGGUGGUCAGAAACGGGAUAUCUGAAAAUAUUGUGUGGAGUAGAAAAGAGUGCAACCAUGUCAAACUGUUUAAAAUAUG